CAAAAAUCGCAACUUUUUAUUUCUUUUUCGACCCUUUCGAUCAUCGGAAAAGCUCUUUUUUUUUUUUCUCAAGUCUUCCCCAACUCAUAACUUGAAUUUUCUAUAUUCUCUUUCUCAGAAAAUUACAACAGUUCUCUCUUUUUUUUUUUCUUCUUUUUGUUGAAUUAUCGAGAUCUGUUUGAUUCUGAGUCUCCCUAGUAAUCUGUGUCCAACCAGUUUUUUUAUAAAAAUGAGGUUUUGUGAAGGUUUAUUAUGAGUUUCCCAUAUCUUAAUGGCGGCGGUCUUUGGGUCUCGACUCUUGAGUAAAAUUGGUGUUUCUUCUCUGUUGUUCUUAAAGUUUUGAUCUUUUUUAUUUUUUUUUAUUUUUUUAUUUUGGGGGUUUUGAAAAUCGAGAGAUAUUUUGAUGGAAGUGGGUAGCUCCAAUUCAUCGGGUCAGCAGCUUUCAGGGCGGGUCGUUGAUACAAGAGGCAAACACAGGAUUCAAGCUGAACUCAAAAGGCUUGAACAAGAAUCUAGAUUCUUAGAGGAAGAGCUGGAGCUGCUUGAGAGGAUGGACAAUGCAUCAGCGUCCUGCAAAGAGUUCUUAGACAGUGUUGACAGCAAACCUGAUCCUCUUCUUCCUGAAACAACAGGUCCGGUGAAUGAGACAUGGGAUCAAUGGUUCGAAGGCCCUAAAGAAACAAAACGAUGUGGCUGCUCCAUUCUUUGAUCUUCCUUUUCCUCUCUUAAUUUUUUUUUAUCUCUACUUCUUCUAGAAGAGUGAGUUUGUGUUUUUACAUUCCGCGGCAGUGAAAUUGAUGUAAUUGGCAAAAAAAAAUAUGAUUCAUUUGUGCAGAUAAAAAUCUAUUGAUAUUGACGUCUCUUAAUUUAAAGAAAAAACAUCUGGGACACA